ACUUCUGCUUAUGGGGAAAAAAAGAUCAAAUGAAUAACAUUGUAUAAUUAUAUGUUUUGAGCCACAGUCUCUUUGUCCUUUAUUUUCCACAAGUAUUUUACUUUUUUGUAAAUGAGAUAACUUUACAGAAAUCAAAUUAUUAUUAUUAUUAUUAUUAUUAUUAUUAUUAUUAAAGAGUUUUUAUUCAAAGUCAAAGAUGUAGGCCUCAGUGGAGGACUUCUGUUGUGAGGUCCUGAGAUGUUUAGAAGUGGAUAGUAGCGAACUUUAAAAGGCAUGGCAACAAAAUUACGCUCAAAAGAACUAAAUGAGAAGAAUAAGAUUAUUUUAAAAUAAAAUAAAUAACGUUGAACUUCCAUGUGGCUGUCCUCUCUUUCCCUGUGUUAUUGUUUGUGUGUUUACCUCUUCAUUUGUUGUGGUAUUGCUCUAACCCCGAUUCACCCCUUUAUGCUGGGGGGUGUUGCCAUUUUUAACAUAUGCGUGAGCCUCCCUCAUCCCUGCAAGUCUAUCUGUGAGAGGACUGCAUCCCAAAAGCUUCCAAAUGGCCUCCAUUCCUCUCUCUCCCAAUUGAAACCUCCUUAUUCACCCUGAAAAGCAUUUCUGCCCUUUUUGAUAUUGAAAUUAAUAAUCAGAAAACAGAGGAGAGGGGGAGAAAGGAAGCCAUGUCAGAUUGUUGGAACAGAAUGUGUCAGCACAUGGUGUCAAUAAUGUUCUGCUUUGAUUUGACCCCUGACCCUCUAACACUGACCCCUCUUGCCUGACCUCCAUCGGACUCCCAACACAGUGAAGUGACCCAAGAAGUAAUCAAUCAGACUCAGUAAGACCAAGACUCAGACAGCCUCUCCAGCCCCACCCGCCACAGCCUGUCAGACGGGUCCGAGGAUCAGCUGGACCGCCUCCAGCAAGUAGAGCUGGCUAGGAUGACGCCCAUGUCUCAGUGGCGGGCAGGCACUGUGCAGGCCUGGCUGGAGGUUGUCAUGGCGAUGCCCAUGUACAUCCGCACCUGCUCAGAAAAUGUCAAGAGUGGAAAGGUUUUACUUGGGCUAACAGACGAAGACCUGGAACUGGGUUUAGGUGUCAGCAGUUUAAUGCAUCGCCGGAAACUGCGUCUGGCCAUUGAGGAUUACAGAGAUGCUGAGAACGGUAGAGGGCUGUCCAAGGCUGCAGAUAUGGACCACCACUGGGUGGCCAAGGCCUGGUUAAGCGACGUGGGCUUGCCUCAGUACUCGCAGGCCUUUCACAACCACUUGAUAGACGGGCGCCUGCUGAACUCCCUGACACGACGGGACCUUGAACGUUACCUAAACAUCACCAAGAAGUUCCACCAGGUCAGCUUGUUGCUGGGCAUCGAACUGCUGCACUUACUCAAUUUCGACAAGGAGGCACUGCAGGCUCGCCGGAUACAGUGUGAGCACCAGAACGUGGAUCCGUUGGUGUGGACCUCUCAUCGGGUCAUGAAAUGGAUCAAAGAUAUUGACCUGAAGGAGUUUGCUGAAAGUCUUUCAAGCAGUGGAGUUCAUGGCGCUGUCAUGGUUCUUGACCCAACUUUUAACACUGACGCCAUGGCAACAGCACUGGGGAUUCCUAGCAACAAGCACAUGGUUCGCCGACACCUUGUUGAGGAGAUGAAAAACCUGAUUGGCCCGGCCAGAACAGAUGCCAAGCAGGAAUACGAGCAUCUCAACCUGGGAACUCCACCAACCCCCCUUCGCCAGAACUCCCUGGGCCGACCGCCCAGCUCUGCCAGCCGACACACUGAUGACGAAGGCUCACUGAGGAGGAGGGCUGUCAAGCCUCCAACAGGCUUCAGCCCUAAAGCCCGCAAUGGGCGAGACCUGAGUUGCCACAGCAGCUAUGGCUCCCUGCCUCGGGAGGGUCGAGACCAGACUCCGCCCAGAGCCGAGGGAAGCCCAAUCCACGGUUACACCAGCAUCGAGGUCACCAACGUGUGAGGUCAUCAGAGUGUGACGAAACACCAGCUGUUAGCUUCACCACAACUAAAUCUACAUCAUGGACAUUUGUCAUGUGCACCUGAACAUAGGAGGGUUAUUUUUUCAAAAGAUGAAGGACAGAUUGCAUUUUUAAAAUGCAGCAAGAUUCUUUUUUUUACAAGUUUCCCUGGUUUGAGAAAACAUUUCAUUGUGAGCAAGUGAUAUUUUGCUGUUUUUGAGGGCUGUUAUUUCCCUUCCACAGCGCCAGAAUCAAGAGAUGAACGACUCUAGCUAAAUGAUUAUUUUUCUAUUACUUUGUGUGUAAAUGGUUCUUUGUGAAUCAGAAUGCAACUUGGCAAUAUGUUUUUGUUGACUGGUUACUGUUUUUCCGUAGAAAAUUGAAUUUAAAAAAAGAACGGUUUGCAUAAUACAGGGUACUUGAGGACAAAAUGAAAAGAAAAUUUCAUAUCAGUGUAAACUGUUCUUGUUUCAUUCAACUUUUGUGAUGCCUUGUUAAUGUAAUUGAGGACAGUGGACAAAAAAGAGACUUGAAUUGAAUUUUAAAUUCUCAAGUUUAUUUGAUAGUAGUUUUUCAUCUUGCACAUUUACACAGUUGUGUCUAAACAAAUAGCACCCUCAUCUGAUGUUUUAUACUGUGCAGUAAACAUGGUAAAAUAUUUGAACAAUGCCAACAAAAGAUGACCGCAGAGCUGUAUGUCCAUGGAAUCCUCAGGGCUGAAUAGUGUGAGGAUCCAUAAAUGUGAAAAUGAGAGUUCCUUAAAUGAAAUAAAGAUAACAUCUCAAAUCUGA